AUGCAAUCCCUGAGGCGCCAUAACGAGUUAGACUCGCUGGAGGACCAGGAGCCACCUCGAAAGAAAGUCCGAAAGGGAACCCGUAGUUGCUGGGAGUGCAAACAUCGAAAGGUUCGCUGCCAUUUUGCGACCGAUGGGGAUUCCACCUGCAGGGAAUGCAUGUCUCGUGGCACCUCUUGUCGAAACCAGAGUCUGCCCGAACCAGAAAAAGAGUCCGAUCGUUCAAAUUUGAAUGAACGUAUGGCUCGUAUGGAAAAUCUUCUGGAAAAGGUUCUCAACAAAUUAGAGGUUAUUGAAGGUGAUGCUACUCGCUCUCAGGAGUUUGCUACGUCGCUGGGAAGCCCCGAACCGGGAACACCGGUGCACGACAAUGCUCCAGCCCUGUCGCUUUUCCAAAAUGAAUUGUUAGGCGGUCGACAGGAUCACACUGCGAGGCUUCAAGCUACUACUUUCCGAAAUACAACUGAGCGGAACAAAAACAACUUGCGACAGAAUCUGCUGGGGAUGAUGCCACCGAAUGAUGUGACGUUUGUACGUUUGCACCAGUACAGCUCUUGUUGGCGGUUGCUCCGCAUCCAAUGCUUCCAGGACCAAGAGAGCUCGCUACUCCCCAUCCCACCAUCGGAGCUACCUACUAGCCACCCAACUAUGAUAGCGAAAUGCCUACUCUGGGUUGCUUUGAGCGUUCAACAGCUUCCAGCGCGCUGUGACUUGAUUGACUUGGAAUAUCUCCAGCUCCCUUACCCUCCAACAAAGCUUAUUGAGCAGUACAUGGCGGCUACCAGUAACUCGAAAGACUUCGACGACGCUAUGCUGAGCAGCCUUGACGGGCUUGAGUGCUUGGUCCUACAAGGAAUUAUUCAUAACAAUGAAGGGAGGCUCCGGAGUGCUUGGAUGUCAUAUAGACGAGCUAUUAACAUCGCUCAGAUAAUCGGUCUGCACUCUCGGAUCCCAAUUUCCGGGCGGACUUCGAAGCUGGAGUCUAGGGCUAAGGUGAUAUGGAACCACAUAAUCCACGGUGAUCGCUAUCUUUCCUUGAUGUUGGGAAUGCACCAUGGAAUUGGAGACGCCGCAUUGGUGCCAGAAGACCCAAGAAUCCAGACGCCCAAUUCGGUUACCAUGAAUGCUCUUUGUCGAAUCGCCGGCUCACUAAUUGAGCGAAACCAGAAAUUCCGCGACAUCGACCCGGUUAUGGUACGCAUGACACAGAAUAUAGAUAUCGAUCUUCGUAAAAUUGACCCUGAAUUGACCAAAUCCCAAUUGGUCGAUCGUUUCGGUGGCAAGUCAUCCGAACGACCAGGAGUUUAUACAAAGCUUAUGACAAGUCUCUGGUUUCAUCAACUGACUGCUUGGCUGCAUCUGCCUUUUCUAUUCAAAUCCAGUAUCCCGGGUCCAUAUGAGUACAAUAGGACGUCAUGUCUGAAAGCCUCUCAGGAGAUGAUUACUUGUUACACAGGGAUCCGAGACCUCACAUUAGGCAGCUUCUGCUGCAGAUCCCUUGAUUUUCAAGCAUUUACGGCUGCAGUGACCUUGGUGCUCGAUAUGCUGAGUUCGAAUGGCUCCCAGGAUUACAGAGAGCAGGAUUGCGCACGCUUGAAUCUUGUCAUGUUUAGCCUGCGGGAACACAAGGGUCGCGAGCAUGGAGACAAAGUUGCUAGCCGUGGACUCGUUGCACUAGAGACACUGGUGGCUAUACUCGUGGAAAACCAGCCAGUAUACUCCAAGUUCCUGAAGGCACCCACUCUUCAAGGGGCAGAACAAGGGCGCAUAAAGAUCGAAAUUCCUUACUUCGGCACCUUUUUACUCCAUCGAAAUGCCGACAAAGAUGGUGAAAGGCUUUUGAAUCAGACAGCCAUUGAGCAGCCUGCAUGCGAGAACACUUUAUCCGCGGCUCAAUACAAUACGGCAAGCAACAGAGCCGACCAGACCGCAGAGGAAGCCGAUACGGUAAUCAACAUGAAUGAGGAUCCUUGGACAUUCGACAUUGACCUGACGACAAUACCUCCGUUUCUAUCUGACUUUGGAGAUGACUGGGAUUUGGGAUUGUAA